CCAGCUGAUCAAUACAAACAGCUGCUACAAACACCAGCUGAUCAAUAUAAACAGCACCACCAGCUGGGUCAUGGAGUGCAGCAGGCACCAGCCUACAACACCAACAUUAUAACAAUGUUUCCUGGCAGUGAAGUAAUUAGAAAUGGACAUUUAAGACUGAGGAAGUUAUAUUUAGAUGUCGUUGUGAGGAGGAGGAGGAGUUAUACCAGCCCACCAUCACACUGCUCUACCAUCAUGACUCAAAGGGUCAUCAACAGCAACAGCACAUCUCCCCCAAUCCCCAUUGUGCGUCGGGGUAUUACACUUGCUCCAAUAUCCCUCGGCUCCUGCUCUACAGCAUGUGAGCGCCCCUUUACCCCGUCACCGCUUCCUUCCCCUCCAUCCUCACCUCCAGCUCCCAGCUCACCAUCAGGGCUCUUACAAGCUACCAAAGAUGCCUUGAAAUGUGCAGUCUCUAAGCGUGGCUCAAAAAAUAGUGUUCUUGUCAUUGAUGAGGACAUGCGGGAUAUGUGUUAUUACUACUCCCAACUUGGCACAGAUGAAAGAUCAGAAUUUUUGAUUCACAUGGCCACAUCACUGUCUACCAACCAUCAAGCUGUUCAAGAACUUAUCCAACAGAAACCACAGGUUGACCUAACAGCGUUGAUUAGUUAUGCCCAACUUCUGAUUUGGGAAGACCGCUUACGUCACGCUGUUCAACCACCCCAUCACUGGGUUUUCUCACAAGUGUCUCGGCUCUCUGGUGGGGUCAAGUUUCUUGUGGAUAUGCGUCAAGAUUUUCAGAGCACUCUAUUUUCAAAGACGUUGGAUCCAUCUAAUUCUGCAGCACUUAAAACUUUAGAUUCUACACUGCGGGAACUUCUCUCUCUUUGGUUCACAGUUGGACUCUUAAAUGUUCAGCGCAUUACCUGGGAAUCACCAUGCAAUAUGCUACAAAAGGUAUCAGAAUAUGAAGCCGUUCAUCCUGUCCGCAACUGGACUGAUUUAAAGCGUCGUGUGGGCCCUUACCGUAGAUGCUUUAUUUUCACUCACUCAUGCAUGCCGAAGGAACCCCUUGUGGUGCUACAUAUCUUCCUUACAAAUGAAAUACCUGAUUCCAUGGCCAAAAUAUUGCAAACUUCAAGAUCUUCUUCAAUAGAUGAAACCAGUGUCAGCAAGGACAGUGAAGAUCCAUCAUUAAUCAACACAGCUAUAUUUUACUCCAUAACAUCAACACAGAAAGGACUUCAGGGCAUUGAGCUUGGAAAUUACCUAAUUAAAAAAGUAGUACAUGAAAUGAAGGCUGAAUUUCCCAGCAUGUCUCAGUUUUCCACUCUGUCACCCAUACCUGGCUUUGUCAAGUGGUUGAAUGGCAUGAUGGCAAGAGCACAAAGAGGUGAUGCUCACAUAUUCACAGAAACAGAGGUAAAUGCACUUCAAAUAUUCCUGGAAGUGGAUUCCUCCCCAGAAGUAUACGAGCGCCUUCGGAAAUUAUUUACGACAAAUGGUUGGAUAGAGGAAUUAGAUGUGGUGGAAACUCUAGAAGCUCCAUUAAUGAGGCUGUGUGCCUAUUACCUUUUUACAGAGAAGAGAAGAAAUUAUACACUUGAUAGUGUAGCUAACUUUCAUCUAAAAAAUGGAGCUGUUAUGUGGCGCAUCAAUUGGCUCGCUGAUCGCUCACCACGGGGCCUUGCCAACUCUUGCGGAAUUAUGGUCAAUUACAGGUAUUUCCUGGAGGAGUGCGAAUGUAAUAGUAGAACAUAUCUGGAAACCAUGAAAGUUAUUGCAUCAGAUACAGUCACAUUCCUAGCAAAGGCUGCUGAAGAUAUUAUAAAGAAAAGUCCAAGUGACCCAGGUUCCUCUCCAUUGCUUCCUCGAAGUCCAUCACCACCUGUCAUUACCAUCACUCCUGAUUCAAAGAUUUAAUUUAUUAAAUAGUGAUAGAUGGUUGCACACUGAGAAUUUUCAAUCAUUUGGAAUUUAGUUGUAUAAAAUAUAUAGCUUCAUGUUGUAGUAAGUUAAAAUUUUAGGUGUUUGGAUUAUGCCAUCAAUCCAUCUCACAAUAUAGGAAUUGUUAAUAAUUAUUUAAACAGUAGCACAAAUUUUAUAAAAGUUUUAAUGAGUAAUUAAAUAUUUUUUAAGCUAUUUAUAAAAAAUAAUUU